AUGAGUACAACAACUGCAAGCACAAUUACAACUACAAUGCCAACUACAACAACUACAAUGCCAACUACAACAACUACAAUGCCAACUACAACAACUACUCAGCAACUAUCUAUUCUUCUAUGUGAUUUUGAAACAAUUUGCAAUGAUUUUAUUAUUGAUAAAAACUGGGGUUUAACUGAUGGUCUUCAUCCUCAAUCUAACGAUCAUGAUCAUACUUUAAACACAAGUUCUGGUCAUUAUCUAUUCUAUACUCCACAAAAAUUACCACCAUUUUAUGACAUCAACGCUGAAAUUAAAACAAAAGAUUGGUUACAAGUAUCAACAGAUCGAACUAUAUGUUUUCGAAUGUGGUAUUAUACACCUCAAUUUACUCUUCCAUUUACUAUUCAACUAGUACAAGGUGAUGAUGCACAACUGGCACGAAUUAUUGCAUCUAUUCCUGGUAAAGAUCCAACGAUUGACGAUUGGACAUUUAUUAAUGUCCCAUUACCACCUGAAAAAAUCAAAAUAGCCAUUCGAUUGAAUGUUUCAACUGUUCCAUUAACAUUUGAUGAUCUUUCUGUUGAUUAUUGCGAUGAACCACGUCCAUCACCUCCAACAAAUCUAUAUACAUGUGAUUUUGAAUCAUCAUGCGUAGAAGAUUUUUCUUCUCUACCAAAUUAUCCAUAUCAAUGGUUAGUGAUGAAAGCAAGUGAUGCUAUUAUAAUGGAAAGUCAAGCACCAUCUGUGGAUUUUACAUUUGGUAAUCAAUCAGGACAUUAUGUCUUCGUACCUAAUUCGAACAUUACUAAAGCAGGAAAUGUUGGAUAUCUUGCUCUUCAAACAUCAUUCAAUAUCACUACAAAUGAAUCAUUCUGUUUAAAUUUUCAAUAUUAUAAUUAUGGUCAAACAGCUGCAGGCAAUUUAAACGUAUAUGCACAGUUGUCAGAGUCAUCUGAAACAGUGCGAAAGCUGUGGCCACCAAUUGGUCGUCAACAUAUAUAUACUCGCGAUAAGUGGAUUUGGGGUAUUGUAAAUUUGCCUGUUGGUUAUUAUUCAUUACUAUUUCGUGUGGAUACUACUGGUACUAAUCCUUAUUCAUUCGCUUUAGACAACAUCUCUAUCACAUCAUGCGAUUAUCCUCCUUCAACAUUUACUGAUGACAAUGCUGGUCUUCUUUCUUUUUCAUGUAAUUUUGAUAAUUUGACCAUGUGUGAAAUGGAGAAUGGCGAUCGUUUUACUAGACCUACACACAAUUUUACUAUCGUUACUGGUGAUACUGUUCCUAAUCGAAAGUUAGGUCCAACACGAGAUCAUACGAGUAAUUCAUCAACAGGUGGUUUCAUCUACUGGAAUCGACAGUUACCUUUCACUCCAACAGAUUUAGGCUAUAUUCAUCCUCCAAAACCAAUAGCAGUAGAUUUGAGUAUGUGCAUUCGAUUUGCUUAUUAUAUUAAAUCAUCAAUAUACAAUAAAAAUGAUACAACAUUAGCUGUAACAGUAGGUGGUUGUCUCGGUUCAACUUUGUGGUAUAUAUAUACAGAUGAUAGUCAAGGAUGGCAAGUCAUUAUACUGCCUGUACCCAAGGUUGUAUGUAUGGAAUCUUUUUAUUUUACGGUUUAUCAAAAACUACCAGUAGAAGUCUCAGUCGCUCUUGAUGAUAUUGCAAUAGAACAUUGUAAUACUCUUUCUCCAACAACUACUUCAAUAUAA